AUGUCCGACUCGACUCUCUACCUGUACACCUCCCUUACUGCGGGGUCCUCGCACAUCGUAACCGCGACCGCUCGCAUCGAGACCAUUCUCAAGGCCAACAAGCUCCCCUUCCGUGCCAUUGAUGUGGCUACCGAUGAGGCCGCCCGCAAGCUCUGGGGACGACGCUCCAAGGGCAAGAAACUGCCAGGCCUUGUGAAAUACGGCAACAUUGUAGGCGACCUAGAGGAGAUCGAGGAAUGGAACGAAUUCGGCGAGCUGCGCAUGGUCGUCAACGGUGUCCAGGACCUGGACGGCAUGCCAGCCACCAGCAACCCUCUCCCCGCGACCGAAACAAAAGAGCCCGAACCCGCAGCCCCGAAGCCAGCUACCAUCAAGAUCCAAAGCCCACCUGCCAAGACGGAGGACAAAAAGGACGAGCAGGCAGUCCUUGCCCUGCGCCAAGCGAGCUCGGAGGCUGCGUCCAAGGCGAAGUCCAAGUCCGACGAGAAGAAGCAGCCUACGGAAGAGUCGAAGGAGAAACCCGAGUCAGAGUCUUCCUCGCCCCCAUCCACCAAGGUGCAUCGCGGCUCCGUGGCUCCUGAGCUGCCCGACAUGGCCCCCGACUCGCCCAAGGGCGCCAAACGGCCUCCCCUAGUGCCCGAGGUGGCGGCAGUCUCGUCGGCCAAUUUCCACGCCGACAACGCAGAGGCAUUGGGGCUGGUCGAGCAUCAUCGGGGGUCGAUCAUUGCUGGCAGCGACAAGGCCGAGCAUGACAAGGUGGUGACGGAGAUCCGCCAGUCCAUCUCCUCUGGGCAGCCUGCCGGCUCGCUGGACGCGCUGCGCAAGGAGGCGGCGGAGAUGCCGCAGGAGGAGUCUAUCGAGGAGAAAGAAGUGGAAUCGAGCGCGGAGGAGGCCAAGGAAGACGAGAAAAAGGACAGCGAAGAGAAGGAUGACAGCACCGAGGCCAAAGACCAAGAGCCGAAGAAAGAGGAAGAGCCGAAGAAGCAAGAGGGUUCUGCCUCAACCGCAGCGCAAGAUUCCCGGGCCACGGAGACCGUCACCGCGACGGAGUAA